CAAUCACAAUUGAAGCUCCUACAGAAAUCACAACUGUAGCUCUUAUACCCCCCACAAUUGCAACUUCAACUACAACUGUAGCAUCACCUACAACAGCAACUGCAGAUGCUUCCACCACCACAAGUGCAGCUCCUACUACAUCAAUCCCAACUGCAGGUCCAACUACCAUUUUGACUACUAAGACAAUCACAACUGAAUCUCCUACAGAAAUCACAACUGAAGCUCUUAUGACCCCCACAAUUGCAGCUUCUACUUCAACAACUGUUGCUCCCACGACAACAACUGCAGCAGCUCCUAUAACAACAACUGUAGCUGCUUCCAUAAACGCAACAGCAGCAUCUACUACGUCAAUCACAACUGCAGGUCCUACUAACAUUUUAACUCCAACGACAAGCACAACUGAGGCUCCUAUAGACAUCACUACUGUAGCUCCUUUGAACCCCACAAUUGCAACUUCUUCUUCAACAACUGUAGCUCCAACGAUCACUACAACUGCAGAAGCUCCUACAUUUACUACUGCAUCCCCUAAUGCAACCACAACAGAAGCUCCUUCUACAACAACUGUAGCGCCAAUGACUUUAGGAACAACAGUCCCAACGGCAGCUAAUUCCUCAACUGUAGCUCCUUCAAUUCCAAUCCCAACUGCAGCUCCUACAACAACAACUCUUGCUCCUACGAACUCUACAACUUCAGCACACACUACUUUAUUCACAACUGCAGGUCCUACUACCAUUUUACCUCCUUCGACAACCACAACAACAUCCACUACAACAACUGUUGCUCCUUCAAUGUCAAUCUCAACUGCAGGUCCUACUACCAAUUUAACUCCAACGACAACCACAACUGAAGCUCUUACAGACAUCACAACUGUAGCUCCUAUGCCCCCCACAAUUGCAACUUCAACUGCAGCAUCACCUACAACAACAACUGCAGAUGCUUCCACAACCACAGGUGCAGCACUUACUACAUCAAUCUCAACUGCAGGGCCUACUACCAUUGUGACUCCUAAGACAAUCACAACUGAAGUUCCUACAGAAAUCACAACUGUAGCUCUUAUACCCCCCACAAUUGCAACUUCAACUACAACUGUAGCAUCACCUACAACAACAACUGCAGAUGCUUCCACCACCACAAGUGCAGCACCUACUACAUCAAUCCCAACUGCAGGUCCUACUACCAUUUUGACUACUAAGACAAUCACAACUGAAUAUCCUACAGAAAUCACAACUGAAGCUCUUAUGACCCCCACAAUUGCAGCUUCUACUUCAACAACUGUUGCUCCCACGACAACAACUGCAGCAGCUCCUAUAACAACAACUGUAGCUGCUUCCAUAAACGCAACAACAGCACCUACUACGUCAAUCACAACUGCAGGUCCUACUAACAUUUUAACUCCAACGACAAGCACAACUGAGGCUCCUAUAGACAUCACUACUGUAGCUCCUUUGAACCCCACAAUUGCAACUUCUUCUUCAACAACUGUAGCUCCAACGAUCACUACAACUGCAGAAGCUCCUACAACAACAACUGUAGCUGCUUCUACAUUUACUACUGCAUCCCCUACUGCAACCACAACAGAAGCUCCUUCUACAACAACUGUAGCACCAAUGACUUUAGGAACAACAGUCCCAACGACAACUGCAGCUAAUUCCUCAACUGUAGCUCCUUCAAUGCCCAUCCCAACUGCAGCUCCUACAACAACAACUCUUGCUCAUUCGACCUCUACAACUUCAGCACCCACUACUUUAUUCACAACUGCAGGUCCUACUACCAUUUUACCUUCUUCGGCAACCACAACAACAUCCACUACAACAACUGUUGAUCCUUCAAUGUCAAUCUCAACUGCAGGUCCUACUACCAAUUUAACUCCAACGACAACCACAACUGAAGCUCUUACAGACAUCACAACUGUAGCUCCUAUGCCCACCACAAUUGCAACUUCAACUGCAGCAUCACCUACAACAACAACUGCAGAUGCUUCCACAACCACAGGUGCAACACUUACUACAUCCAUCUCAACUGCAGGUCCUACUACCAUUUUGACUCCUAAGACAAUCACAACUGAAGCUCCUACAGAAAUCACCACUGUAGCUCUUAUACCCCCCACAAUUGCAACUUCAACUGUAGCAUCACCUACAACAACAACUGCAGAUGCUUCCACCACCACAAGUGCAGCACCUACUACAUCAAUCCCAACUGCAGGUCCAACUACCAUUUUGACUACUAAGACAAUCACAACUGAAUCUCCUACAGAAAUCACAACUGAAGCUCUUAUGACCCCCACAAUUGCAGCUUCUACUUCAACAACUGUUGCUCCCACGACAACAACUGCAGCAGCUCCUAUAACAACAACUGUAGCUGCUUCCAUAAACGCAACAGCAGCAACUACUACGUCAAUCACAACUGCAGGUCCUACUAACAUUUUAACUCCAACGACAAGCACAACUGAGGCUCCUAUAGACAUCACUACUGUAGCUCCUUUGAACCCCACAAUUGCAACUUCUUCUUCAACAACUGUAGCUCCAACGAUCACUACAACUGCAGAAGCUCCUACAUUUACUACUGAAUCCCCUAAUGCAACCACAACAGAAGCUCCUUCUACAACAACUGUAGCACCAAUGACUUUAGGAACAACAGUCCCAACGGCUUCUAAUUCCUCAACUGUAGCUCCUUCAAUGCCAAUCCCAACUGCAGCUCAUACAACAACAACUCUUGCUCCUACGAACUCUACAACUUCAGCACACACUACUUUAUUCACAACUGCAGGUCCUACUACCAUUUUACCUCCUUCGACAACCACAACAACAUCCACUACAACAACUGUUGCUCCUUCAAUGUCAAUCUCAACUGCAGGUCCUACUACCAAUUUAACUCCAACUACAACCACAACUGAAGCUCUUACAGACAUCACAACUGUAGCUCCUAUGCCCCCCACAAUUGCAACUUCAACUGCAGCAUCACCUACAACAACAACUGCAGAUGCUUCCACAACCGAAGGUGCAGCACCUACUACAUCAAUCAUAACUGCAGGUCCUACUACCAUUUUGACUACUAAGACAAUCACAACUGAAUCUCCUACAAAAAUCACAACUGUAGCUCCUAUCUUCUACUUCAACAACUGUUGCUCCCACGACCACAACUGCAGCAGCUCCUAUAACAACAACUGUAGCUGCUUCCAUAAACGCAACAGCAGCAACUACUACGUCAAUCACAACUGCAGCUUCUACUUCAACAACUGUUGCUCCCACGACCACAACUGCAGCAGCUCCUAUAACAACAACUGUAGCUGCUUCCAUAAACGCAACAGCAGCAACUACUACGUCAAUCACAACUGCAGGUCCUACAAACAUUUUACCUACAACGACAAGCACAACUGA